AUGAAAAAUGACGAACUGCGAACUGGUUUUGGAGAACAUGGCGAAGGCGUUAAACUCAUUGAACCCGACGACAUUAAAAGAAACGAGGAAUUGUUUAAAAUUUAUGGAAUGUCAGUUGUGACCAGUGACAAGAUUUCAGUUAAUCGAUCCAUUCCCGAUUUUCGUCAUCCCGAAUGUCUCAAGAAAAGAUAUUUAAAAUAUUUGCCACCAGUCAGCAUCAUAAUCAUCUUCAACAAUGAAAUCUUCAGCGUUUUCAAAAGAACUCUUCACAGCUUGUACAAUCGAACACCACAUGAGCUAAUCAAGGAAGUGAUUCUCGUUAAUGACAAUAGCACAUUUGAAUAUCUUUAUGACUCACUUAAGUCUUAUAUUGACGACAACUUCAGCGACAUUUACUUUAAAAUUAUUAAUCUUGAAAGCAGACACGGAUUAAUGCGAGCUCGAAUGAUUGGAGUAGAAGCAGCUCAAAGUGAAUUUGUGUUUAUGAUGGAACCACAUUGUGAAAUGACUUACAAUUGGCUUCCACCACUCAUUGAACCUUUACUUGUGAAUAUCAGAACUGUGACAGUUCCAAUUGUUGACAAUGUCGAGUAUACUCAAUUGAAUUAUUAUGAGAACGACAGAGGCAAUCUUGGGUCACGUGGCGUCUUCGAUUGGGAUCUCGAAUAUCAAAAAUUGAAGAGAUUUUCAUUCAUCGAUGAUCAGAAGUUGGAACCGUUCCUAACACCAAUCAUGACCGGUGGAAUUUUUAUGAUAAGAAAAAGUUAUUUUCAAUAUCUUGGACCUUACGAUGAGGAACUUUUGAUAUGGGGAGCUGAAAAUAUUGAAAUGAGUUUGAAAAUUCAUUUAUGUGGUGGACAACUGCUUGAAGUUCCAUGCUCAAGAAUUGGACAUAUUUUUAGAGCUUUCACAAAAUCAAGAAAACAUGAAAGUGGAAAAGAUUUUCUUUAUUUUAAUAGAAAGAGAAUUGUUGAAGUUUGGUUCGAAGAAUUUAAAAAUUAUGUUUAUCGACGUCACCCGGAACGUUACAACAUUGAUGAUGUUGGAAAUCUCACAAAACCUAUGAAAAUAAGAGAAGAAUUAAAUUGUAAAUCUUUUUCUUAUUUCUUGGAAGUUAUUGCACCUGAUCUACUCAGAACGUAUCCUUUGAAUACGCCGGCGUUUGCAUCUGGAAGAAUUCAAUUAAUGAAUGAAAAUUUAUGUUUAGAAUCUUCCCUCAAACCAGAUAAUCCUGCAAUGUUGAAAGAGUGUCAAGAUCCGACUGUUUUCAUUCAAGAAUUUGAGCUUUCAUGGUAUCGCGAUAUUCGCAUGGUCAACACAGAAAUUUGUUUAGAUUUUCACCAAGCAACAUUCACAAUUUGUCAUCUGUUGGGUGGAAAUCAAAUUUUCAAAUAUGAUUUGAGAACGAAACAAAUCAUAAGUGUGGCCAGACGAUUGUGUCUUCAAGCUGAUAUCGCAAAUCGAUCACUAAAAUUCGACAAAUGCGACGAAACUCUCAAUUCACAAAAAUGGGUUUGGAGUAGUUUUGUUAAUGAAACAAUGUUAGAUCGUUGGAAAGAGUCGGGACGUGCAAUGGAUGAAUCGGGCGAAUAUUAUUUUGAUGAAUAUUGAAGAAAGCUUUAAGAGGGUGAAAAGCUUUGACGUACUAGAUUUCUGCAAUCAAAGCUUUUGCUUUUUUAUAAAAGUGAAAGUUUGUCAAUUUUAAUACAUUUUCUUCUUAAGCCGUUUAUUUAUUCUUAUCUUUUUGUACAAUGUUACACAGUUUCUAUCUUUUCUUCAUUCUUAUAUGCCAAUGAAAUGUUAUUAAGCUUAAGUGUUAGGGAAAUUAAAUCUUUUCUCAUUUAAAAUGCAUGAAAUAAAUGUAGAAAAUCCU